CACUUAGCACUUGACAAGAUACCAAAAUGUUCAAACUGUUUGUAUUCGCUUGCUUCCUGGCUCUGGCCACUGCCAAGCCCCUCGUGUCUGUGGCGUACACAGCACCACUGGCAGCGUACACCGCUCCCGUAGCAGCAGCAUACACCGCUCCCGUAGCAGCAGCAUACACGGCACCCGUAGCGUACUCUGCGUACACCGCGCCCGUCGCCGCUUACUCUGCCUACACCUACGCCUCUCCUUACUCUGCAUACUACUUCCGCUGAUUUAUUUACCUCAACGUUGUACCUAUGCCUGUGAUAGAUAAAUAGUCUUCUUCGAAUAAAUUAUGUGAAGCAUAUUA